AUGGGCGAUGAGACUCACCGACGGUCUCUUCGCGGAGGCGAAGACAAGCGCGAAAGGGCGGAUCUGUACAACUUCGAUGGCUACCUUGCAACAGGGGUAUCUGAGCAGCUGACUCUGAACGUUGUUUCGAAAGUGCCGGCCGGCGCACGGCUUCGGCACAACCCCGAGCUGGACGAUUUCAAAGACGCGGUUGAGCGAUAUCCCCUAAACCUGGUGGACCUAAGGACGAAGGCACGCAGUCGUCAGCGUUCUUUGCCGCCAGCAAAGCAGGGAAACCGCCACAAGGAUCCGCUGGACUCGACGUUAUUCGAGGCAUUCCACAAGAGGGGCGAGAAAGAGGAGAAACGGUUUGCCCGUGACGACCGAAACAAGCUGUUGCGCGAGUAUCAAAACUGCAUGGAGCUGCUCGCUAAGCUUGGAGAGUCCAAGGCAGAGCAAAAAGACGACAGACUUCGGUUUCUGCUAGAGACCACAAAGAUAAAUGACGUCAACGAUCCAUUGGAAUUGGACAUAAAGUUCAUGUUAACUGUUAAAGAGUUGGUCCAUUUCGUUCUUAACUAUGAGCGGGUGAAGCAGCUCGAGGCGCAGAUCAAAUCGACCUUGGACAAAGACCGUUGGGACGAGUCAGAUGGUGAUCUGGACGAGAUACGAGCACGCCGAAAACGACGGAUGAUCCACAACCACGGGCCAACGGUCAAGAUCAAAUUCUUGGACGGUGUGGUUCUGCAGUUCGAUCCUUUAGGUCGCGCCAAAAUACAUAGACGUUAA